AUGGCAGCUUCGGAAUUUGCAAAGCGUCAGCUGGAAAAGCAUGGAUGGACAGAAGGUUCCGGCCUGGGCAGGCAGGAGAAUGGCCGUAGUGAUCCCAUAAAGGUCACCCUCAAAAUGGACAAAACAGGGGUUGGCCAUGACCCUGCGAAAGAAUUUACAGAUCACUGGUGGUUGAGAGUGUUUAAUGAGGCAGCUCAGAAGAUUGGCAAGAAGCAGAAGGAUGAUACCAACUCAAAGAGUGAUGGUGGGAAGAAUAAGAACCAAGGGACUGACAUGAAGAAUAAUUUUUAUAAGGGUUUUGUAAAGAGUGCAACAUUGACAGAUGGCAUUGAAGAGAAGCACAAACAGUCAGAUUCCAGCAAUGAAGACUCAUCAGAUGAAGACAGUACCACCAGCAGUCUUCCGACCUUGAAUGACAUUCAUACAUUUUGUGGAGGAGCUACUGGACACAAGGCUGCUAGAUUUGGCAUAAAAAUGGGUGGAAAGCUGGCAAGAAUUGCAAUACACGAGAAAAUGUUCGAGGAGCAGCUAAAAACAAAAAAACUAUUUGAAGCUGUGCAGGAGACAGACAGCUGUGGAAGUAACCAUCUCCAAGACAAAGAAGAGGGGAUGCCAUCCCCCAUUAGCAUCGGAUCUGUUCCUGAAAGUAGCAUUGCUUCUGGAAAUGGAAGAGACAAGAAGAAGAAAAAGAAACACAAGAAAAAUUCCAAAGAUGAAGAUUCCAUUUGUAAUAGUCAGCCUCUUGAUGGAGAGCUGAUUAAUGGCCAAGAAAUUAUUGUGGCUGGGGACAAUGAACUGUCACAAACUGUCUGCAAGAAAAGCAAGAAACGGAAACACAAGAACAAGUCCAAAGAUGAAUGUCUUAAAGAGUCCAUUAGUAACAGUCAAUAUUUUAACAAAGAGCUGACCAGCGGCCCAGAAAUAAUUGUGGACAGUGAACUGUCACAAACUGUCUGCAAGAAAAGCAAAAAACGGAAACACAAGAAGUCUAAAGAUGAAUAUCCUGAAAAUGCACUCAGUAACAGUCAGUAUCUUAAUAAAGAGCUGAUCAGUGGCACAGAAAAGAUGGUGGCUGUGGACAGUGAGCUAUCACAAACUGUCUGCAAAAAAGGCAAAAAACGGAAACACAAGAAGAAGUCUAAAGAUGAAUGUCCUGAAAAUGCCCUCAGUAACAGUCAGUGUCUCGAUGAAGAUUUGAUUAGUGGGCUAGAAAUUAUUGUGGCUGUUAAUGAGGAAUUGUCAAAAAGUAUCUGCAAGAAACAUAAACGCAAACAGAAAAGGUAUGCAAGUGAUGAUGAACGUGUAGCUACACAAGCUAGUGAUUUAUCUCAUGCAAAUAAAGACCAGAAAGACUCUGACAAAGUACGUGAUAAAAAACGAAAACGACAACAUGCAGCUGAAGAAGAAGGGAUAGGUGAGAAUAAUUUAGCAGAGAUAAAAAUAAAGAGGAAGAAAAAGAACACAAAAGACAAUAUAUGUGAGCUAGAGGAAUCUGACAACAAAAUUAAGAAGAAAAGGAAGAAAAACAAAAUGUGA